CAUGUUGUCUUCUUUCCUCUACCACCACCAAGGAGCUCAGAGAUCUAAGCUGCUUUCCAUCUUUUCUCCCAGCCCCAGGACACUGACUCUGUACAGGAUGGGGCCUUCCUCUUGCCACCUUCUCAUCCUCAUCCCCCUUCUCCAGCUGAUCAUCCCAGGGAGUACUCAGUGUUCCUUAGACUCCAUUAUGGAUAAGAAGAUCAAGGAUGUUCUCAACCGUCUAGAGUACAGUCCCUCUCCCGUAAGCAAGAAGCUCUCGUGUACUAGUGUCAAGAGCCAAGGCAGGCUGGCCUCUUGCCCUGCUGGAAUGACUGUCACUGGCUGUGCUUGUGGUUAUGGCUGUGGUUCAUGGGAUGUUCAGGGGGAAACCACCUGCCACUGCCAGUGCAGUGUGAUGGACUGGACCACUGCCCGCUGCUGCUACCUGGCCUGAGAGGGAGGAGGUUGAGAACUCAGUUUUGUGACCGUGACAGUAAUGAAACCAGGGUCUCAACCAGGAAAUCUAACUCAAACAUACCCCUUCAUUUGUUCCAGUCCUGAUUGUUGGGUAAUAAAGACAAACUUUAUACCUC